UGGGUGGAGUUUAGCUCAGUGAGUCAGGCUGAGGCAGCAGCUCGCGGAGCUUCAGUCGGAUUCACAGCUCUAACUCGCUCUGACCGUCUCGCACUUUCUCAGAUGAGUUUCUGUGUUUCCAGCGCGCUGAGUUAGGCAGCUGGAGGACUAGUUUAGCUGAGUUAGGCAGCUGGAGGACUAGUUUAGUUUAGCGAUGUCCUGCUCGCGCGCUCAGCGGUAAGUUUGUGUGAUGAUGUGAAGGCAAUUAUCAGCGGAGGAUCGAGGAUCGAGCUGCGGGAGGAUGAAUGUAUUUCUCCGGCUCGGAUUCUCAUUUCUGCUGCUACUCUGCGCUCUUGUUUCUGCUCAAGGUCCAGAAUGUGGAGCUGGAUGUCAUCACGGCUUCUGUGAGCAGUCUGGAGAAUGCAGGUGCAGAGCAGGUUGGCGCGGCGCGGCGUGUGAUCAGUGCGUUCCUUCACCUGACUGUGUUCACGGAGCGUGUGAAGAACCCGGGCAGUGUGUCUGUGAGCGCGGAUGGACAGGAGCGUGCUGUGAUCGAGAGGUUCGUCUGUGUUCAUCAAAGCCCUGCUCGGGAAACUCUACCUGUGUGGAGACCGGAGGAGGACACGUCUGCCUCUGUUCUCCUGGAUACACGGGCGAAGACUGCCAGCUGAAGAAAGCACCGUGUUCAGCAAACAGCCGCAGCUCUCGCUGUCAGAACGGAGGAACCUGUGUGAACACGAGUGGCUCUGACAGCCGUUCCUCGUGUCUCUGUCCAGCUGGAUUCACCGGCCCAUCCUGUGAGCUCCACAUCAGCAAGCGCAAGCACAAACCCCGAGUGAAAGCGUCAGCUCCGGCCCACGCUUUCCACAAGCUGCUGCUGCGUCCGGCCGAGUCUGAUCCGCUGGUCACCCGCAGCCAGAUCAUCUGCUUCGCCGUUCUGGGGCUCCUCACCUGUCUGGUGAUCCUGGGCACGACGGGCAUCGUCUUCUUUAACCGCUGCGAGACGUGGAUGGCGAACGCCAAGUACAGUCAGCUGGUGCGACAGCAGAGAGCGUCCGACCGCGAGCAGCAUUCGCUCAACAUCAUCCUGCCCGAGAAAAUCAAGCUGAGCAACUACGGCAAGCAUUACACAUCCAUAUGAAGCUGAUGCGUGACGGAGAGGUUUGGUGCUUUAGUCAAAGAGAAGAUGAAAACCAGCUGCCGUAUUUCAUGGUUUUUAUUGUUGGAAUACAUGCAUAUAUUAAGGUGUACAGCGAACAGCACACACGGAGAAAUACAUGGUUUUCAAUUAUCUCUAGCUGCCAUCAGUGCUGAGUUCAGUGAUUGUGAUAUUGACUAGUACAUGGUUUAAAGCUGGAUAAACGGAUGAACCGCGGCGUUCAGAAGAGCUGGUCCUUAUCUUCAUGUUUUCAUCACCUGAGCAUUUUCAUUUUCAUGCACAUAUUUAAACGUGAACAAAUGAUUAAUGUAGCACUAAAUAAACCAUUGUUUUCAGCUCCAUGAACAAUGCAGACUAUUAAUACUCAUUCUGACGUGAUGGAUUGUUCAUGCUGUCUUGGCAAUAUGGUUUUCCAUUUUGGUUCAUCUCGUUUUAACUACAGGGUUUCUGUGGGUCUUAAAAACUCUUCAAUCGUUCUUCCACAAAUGAACGCCUUAAAAACUCUUAAACCAGAGCAGAUGUGGCAUUAAAUGUUGCAUACACUGCAAAAAAUCAUAUUCGCCUGUGCAUUUUUGUUUUCCGACGUAAAUAUCUAAACAUUCCUAAAACAAGAUGCAUUUACUGCAAAUGUAAAAUGUUUUAUAAAUUG